CUUUUGGGCAUCAGUAACGCGGAAUUCUCGGUCAUGCUCAAGUUGGUGCUCUGCUUCGUUCUGCUCGCCUCCGCCGGCGGUGGCUGGGCCUUCAAUCACGGCCAGGAUUUAGCCGAUUUCGAGGCCUAUGUGGCGCAAUACAUGAAGGUUUAUCCGACUGCAUCGGCUAGGUCCUUCGCCAACUAUUACUUCAUUUACAACCGCAACCAAGUCAAUCAGCACAAUGCCCAGGCGGAUAGGAAUUUCACCACAUACCGCGAGGCGGUGAACCAAUUCUCGGACAUCCGUCUGGUUCAGUUUGCUGCGCUGCUGCCCAAGGCCAUCUACCCGACCGUCUCGAAUGCCGUGACUCCUGUGGCCACGCAGGCGCCGGCUGUCGAGUACGACAUCGUCACGGAUCUGGGCAUAACCGUGACGGUGGAGGACCAGGGCGUGAACUGCAGCAGCAGCUGGGCCUAUGCCGCGGCCAAGGCUGUGGAGAUCAUGAAUGCCGUUGGAACGGGCAAUCAAGCGCCGCAAUCGCUGUCCGCUCAGCAGCUGAUCGACUGCGCCGGCAUGGGCGCUGGCUGCAGCACACAGGCACCGCAGUCGGCCUUCGACUAUCUCACGCAGUACUCGGAGCUGUAUCCCACCGAGGACUAUCCAAACAACAUAAGCCUCAAGCAGCAGGGCAUGUGCCUGCCACCCCCACCGGUGGCAGUGGGCGUGAAGCUGACCAGCUACUCGGUAAUAGCUGAGAACGAUGACACCGCACUCAUGCGUUAUGUGUCCAACGACAUACCCGUUGUGGUGGAGUACAAUCCGGCGACCUUCGGCUUCAUGCAGUACUCCAGUGGUGUCUACCAGCCGGCCACCAGAGCCGGCCAGGCCACCAGCUCUCAGUUCCUGGUGGUGGUGGGCUACGGCUUCGAUGCCGCCACCAAUCUCAACUACUGGCGGUGCCUCAACUCUUUCGGCCCGGGAUGGGGCGAACAGGGGUACAUCAGGAUCGUGCGCAGCGCCAGUCAGCCAAUCGCCAAGAAGGCCAUUUUCCCCAACUCCUAACUUGUGACUUGAACAGCGAAAUAAAAGUUAAUUUAAGAACCAAGGCUAA